AUGUCGAAAAAAGCAACUCUCCUCAUUUCCCUUUUCACUUCAGUCUUUCUGCUCUCCGUAAUCUUCUACUUCAAGCCUCCCUCUUUCCUCUCAUCAACAAUUCUUACAAAACCUCUUUCACUCUUUAACCACAAUCGAGUCAACGACGCCGUUUCCUCCACCAACAUCCACCAUCACCACCGUCAUGGGCUGAGAUCAGCAAAGUUCAGCCGAGCAGCGGCUACAUUUAAUCAAAUCGACGUCGUAGUAUUGACAGAGAAGAAUUUUAGCGACUUCGUUAAUGAGAAUCAGUAUGUGAUGCUGAAUUUCUAUGCACCUUGGUGUUACUGGAGUCAAAAAUUGGCACCAGAGUAUGCGGCGGCGGCCACCAUGGUUAAGGCUAGUAAUAAAGCUGUUCUUGCAAAAAUUGAUAAUAAAGCUGUUCUUGCAAAAAUUGAUGCUGCUCAUGAAACAGAGCUGGCGAGGAAGUUCAAGAUUGCAGGGUAUCCUACUAUGUAUUUCUUGGUCGGUGGAGUUCAAAAAAUUCUUUAUGAUUUCACCGAAGAAAGGACUAGGGAAGCUAUUGCAAAUUGGGUGAAUCAGAAAAUAAAUGUUGCUGUUCAAAAUUUGACAACAAUCGAGGAAGCAAAAGAUAUAGUAAGAGCUAAAUCAGUAAUAGUUUUGGGAUUUCUGGAAAAUUAUGAGGGUCAAGAUAGUAAGGAGCUUGCAGCUGUCUCAAAAAUGCACAUUGAUGUCAACUUCUAUCAAACCUCCAAUGGUGAUGUUGCCAAGUUAUUCCACAUUGACGAGCAAAUCAAACGCCCUGCUCUUGUCAUCCUGAAGAGAGAGGACAUAAAUCAUACUCAUUUUGGUUAUGAAGGUGAAUUCACCAGAUCAUCAAUAUCAGACUUUGUUUCUACAUACAAGCUUCCUUCAGUGAUCACUUUCAUUCCAGAGGAUGCUACAAAUAUUUUUGAGAAUCCUAUGAAGAAAUUGUGGCUUUUUACUGGUGCAAGAUCAUGGAAUGUUGAAUCGAUAUUCAAGGAGGCAGCAAAUGCUUUCAAAGGAAAGCUUCUUUUUGUUCAUGUGGAAACUUGGAAUGGAGGUUCUACUGAAAGAAGACUUGCUUGUGAAUUUGGCAUCCCUGAUUGUGAUAGUGCCCCAAGAAUUGUAGCUUAUCACAGAGAAAAUGGUGAUGCCAAGAAACAUAUGUAUCAUGGUGAAUUGACCUUAUCUGGUAUUAAGUCAUUUGCAGAGAAGUUCCUGGAAGGCGAGUUUCCAAGCAAAUUAGGUUCAGAAACAAAGACAGGAAUUAGACUUCCAAUGCAUUCCCAUGCCUCUGAUGCAAGUUCAGUUCCACAUGCAUAUUAGUCAUAACAACUGCAAAUGGGAGGAAGCAAUAAAACUUAAGUGAACUUGUCGUGUGAUUAAGUAUAAGAGAGUACUCUUCUUAAUAACAAUAGUAGCCUUUCUUAUGCUCAAAUAUGUAUGAUAUAAAUUGUGUAUGGGAUAUUUUCAGGGGAUUUUGCUGUCUGGACUCCCAAUAUAAGGGUGUAAGGGCGUAAAUAAGGGAGCCACUCGAGCUUGAUUUUCAAAAUUUAUCAAACUUUAAACUCUUUAAUAGUAAGCUGAACCGAAUUUGAAUAUUAUGAUUGCGAUUUUAACUGAA